CAAGUGCACUUGCAAAAUCUGUGUAAUUUAGAAGUUACCAUAUAACAUUUACAUUUCUUUAUAUAAUUAAUAACAAUAAUUCGUGCCCUUUGAGAGUUAUCACAAACAAACCGGCAACAAGAUGAUGCGCUACGAGGGUGAAGAGAAACUAGCUGAUAACUCAGCCUGUGCGGGAGUUAGAGCUGAUUUAAAGAUGUGCCUGCUCGAGAGUGAUUGUUGUCGUGUUGAUAAGAAAACGCCGCGUGAGUGUCUCAAAGGAAACAAUGUGCCGGAAGAAUGUCAAGUACUGAGAAACACCUUCUUCGAAUGCAAACGUUCGCUGCUUGACACCAGACAAAGAUUCAGAGGACGCAAAGGCUAUUAAAGUUUUCAAAUAAUGUUACGCAUCCGGUUUGGCCUACCGCAAUGUUUUUUAUUUCAUAAUUUAAAUAAAAAUGAUAGUUAAAUACUAACUUAUGUUGUACAUACAAGAAUUACAUUAAAUGCUAAAAAAAGUG